AUGGCCACUUUGGCAACAAAACUUCCCUCGGAUGCCUUUUGGCCCUCUGGCGCUGUGGAAUCCGAUGUGCGCCAGUCUUUUCCCACCACCCUCUCCAGCGAUACCUCUUCCACCAUCAUAUCGCCCUUGACGCUGCCUCGAGGUGCUGCCGGUUACUUCGACCAGAGGAUACACGGCAACCCAAAAGCACACGUCUAUUCACCGCUGUCGCCAGGUGUUCGAGGUCCUGGUCCACACCAGCAGUCGUUCCUGUCACCGCACAUCUUGAACGACCAGUACCGAUCCAGCAGCGUCCCACCACAGGCGCGACAGAGCACAGCAUCGCCAGCUGGCCAAGAAAACAACCCCCGGUCCAGCCAGGAUUCCACCGGCGGCUCCAUCCAUGGACUGAGCUUCAACGGCCCCGGUGGCCACCCGCGCUCCCUUUCAGAUUCCAACAGCAGUGCCUCUCAAGCCUCCCUGAUUCGACGACUCCUCACCCAGAACGGACGGAUACGAGAGGCUUGGGAAGCUGAGCGAAAGUAUAUGGAGGCCAACCGCGAACGCGCAGAGGAGGUCUACAAGGAGGAGCGCGCAUUGAUGGAGGAGGAGCGCGCCGAGUGGGAAACUGAGAGGGCGCUCCUCCUCAAGCAAAUCGAACACCUGCAGAAUCAGCUUUUGGGCGGUGCUGGCAACAUGCUCUCGCCACGAAACGGCAACGUCCUGUCGGACCAAGGCUCUUUCUCGUCAGCGAGUGGCUUGCGUGGAGGCGCGGCUUGGGAAGCAUCACCAGAGAGCAUGAAGAGCUCCCACUCGUCUCAAAGCAACGGUCCCGCUGCCCCCAAGAACCUUGCAGUUUUCCACCCGGCAAGCUUGGGUGGAUCGCCAGGCCCGGCACUGAAGCACAGCUCUCUUCCCCAGCUCCGAACGGCAUCGAAUGUUCUGGAACCCCUCCCCGAGAGAAUUUCCAUUGGACAUAUCCCAAGCUCCGGCCUUUCGCCCAUCUCAGCCACAGCAUCCGAAACCGACGGCAGCACCCCUGUGCCGGUUGUCGACAUCCAGGAGAUCAUCCCAGAGCUGGAGGGAAUUCCGCUCAAGGCGCCUGCCAUUCAGAAGCCCACCUUCACAGAUGGUCCAUCGGUCGAAGGUUCGAAUGCGUCUAGCCGGUCUUCUUCCCCACAAAACUCAUCAGACGAAGCCAAAGCACCACGCGCGGCCAAGGUUGAGACGUUGCAGGUCUUGGCGGCCCAUGAGUCGGCCCGUCUGACGAUGCACGCCGGCCACACUCCCAGUCACUCCCUGUCGCUUCUGACCACUGUUGCAUCAUCCGGGGCUGCGACCGCUACAAGCAGCGGCGAAAGCACGCCGACCAUUCAGCAGGGUGACGGUGCGUUCGGCCAGGCUGAAGCGGCGGUGCAGGUGGAACAGCAUGCUAUCGAGAUCGCACAGCAGCUCACCGAUGCCGACUCGGCAGAUGACCACCCCGAGCAGGUUUAUGAGCCCAGCGAGGGUGACGUCCGUCUAAAAGGCCCGUUGAUGGUGCGCAACAUGCCUGCCCACGACGAGAUAUUUUUUCGCAGAUUGUCCGACAAGCUGGAGGAGGUAGCUCAGGACCGCGAGGCUUCCCUGCCGGCUGUGCUCAAGGAUGCUGACUCGUCCGAGGAGGCCGAGGCCCAGGCCGACGCCUCCGUGUCUGAGACAUCCGAUGCCUCUAGCACCACCGAGAAAGACAACAGCAGCACCAAGAGCGGUGACGACGAAGAGGACUUUGAGAUCCCGCUCAAGAUCAAGAAGAGCAACAAUUUUGGAGCCCCGUUUGGGUCGUCUCGGUGGUAG